UCUAAUUAAAUGAAGUGUUUUGUGCUCCAGGUGUUCUCAGUAAUAAUGAGUGGAAAGUGAUGUAUCCUCCUCCGAUCUGUGCUGUGAGGGGAUCCAAUGUCACUAUUGCCUGUUCAUUUACAUAUCCACCUGGGCAAGUAGCGCGAGUGCUGUGGUGUUCAAAGAGAUCAAACCAUGAUGUCUGUAAAAAUAUGCCAUAUGUUUAUGACAGUGGUGCCAACAAUAAUCAAAGCAACUUUCAAUACAUUGGAGAUAAAACUUCAAAUUGUUCUCUUUUGAUCAGUAAUAUUACUCAAACAUAUUCUGGAGAGUAUAAAUUCAGAUUUAUAACCAAUUCGCCAGGCGGAAAAUGGACAGGUGAUCCUGGAGUGGAAAUUUCAGCACACGAUUUAAGGGUGUUAAUGACCAGAUCGAGAGACAAUGGAAGCAUAAUAGUAGGAGACUCUUUGAGUCUGACAUGCACACUCGACUGCUCUAAUUUAGAUGAAGUUCAGUGGUUUAAGAAUGAGGAACCGAUGACACAUUCAGAACCCAUCCUCACCUUCAGCAGUGUAACUACUGAAGACUCUGGGAAUUACUCUUGUUCGUUGAGGAACUUUAAAACAACUGUAUCUGAAGAAUUUAGAAUUUACAUUGAAGAUGUUGCUGUGUCCCCAACAGUUCUGAUUAUUGUAGUGUCUUUACUCUCACUUGGUUUCGUUAUUGCAGCUGUGAUGCUUAUAAGAAGGUAGGACUUUUUGUUUUGUUUGUUCUUGCACACACCAAUGUAUUAUAACUCUUUCAGUCAGUCUGAAUGAAACAUUAACUGACCUUCCACAA